CCUCCACAUCAAAUCUAAACGCCAAACCAGAAAGCAGAAACAACCCUCAGCGAUCUUCGUCAAACAAGAAAGAAUAUAUAAUAAGACCUUGCUCCCCACGGCCCUACGUUUUUUUCGUGAUAGCGGUUUGAAGAGCAUGGAUUACUCCGACGAAGAAGAUGGAUACAGCGAUGAUGGUGAUAUGGGAUCAGAGGGCUACUACAAUGAUGACUAUGAUGGUGACAGCGAUGAUGGCAGCUUCGCGGAGGAAGACCCCGGUGAUCGAUUGAUUCCUCGCGAGCAAAACUACAAGAUCUUGAGCGAGGAUGACAUACAAAGACUCGAGCAGGAAGACGUAAGGAAACUCUCACAUACUCUCUGUAUCUCAUCUGGUGAUUCUUGUGUUCUUCUUGUGCGCAACAAUUGGGACGCCAACAAGGUGCACGACGAGUGGUUCGCGGACGAAGAGAAGGUUCGGAAAUCUGCUGGUUUGUUGUUGCAGAACCCGGUCGGGAUUGUGGACAUCGCAGAGAAGGAAGUGAACUGCCCGAUAUGUUUCGAAAUGUGGCCCGUGGGGGAGAUGAUUAACGCAGCUUCUUGCCGCCAUCGCCACUGUGUUGGGUGCUGGAGAAGUUACAUUAGCACAUCCAUUAACAGCGACGGCCCAGGUUGUCUCGACCUGCGAUGCCCCGAUCCGUCUUGCAAAGCCGCUGUCAGUAAAGACGUGGUCGACGCUUUGGUGUCGCAAGAGGAUAGAGAAAAGUAUUCCCGCUUUCUUGUUAGAUCUUACAUCGAAGGCAAUAAGAAGGCGAAGUGGUGCCCCGGCCCGGGCUGUGACUUUGCAGUUAUUUUCCAUGGUGGCGGAGGAAGCAGCAGAAGCGCGGACUCCGAGGUUAGUUGCAGAUGUGGGCAUGCUUUCUGCUGGAAUUGUGGGGAAGAUGCUCACAGGCCGGUGCCUUGUGAAACCGUGGCAGAGUGGGUAUUGAAGAACAGCUCAGAAUCCGAAAACACAAACUGGAUAUUAGCCAACUCCAAGCCUUGCCCUAAGUGCAGACGCGCCAUCGAGAAAAACCAAGGAUGUAUGCAUAUGACAUGCACACCCCCCUGCAACUUCCAAUUUUGCUGGUUAUGUCUUGGAGGCUGGUCAGAGCACCAAGGCCAAAGUUUUUAUGAUUGCAACAAGUACGUAGAAGCCAAGGAAAGUGGCGCCUACAGCGAGGAAGAGUCAAUAAGGGAAAGGGCUAAAAACUCUAUAGAGCGGUACACCCACUACUACGAGCGUUGGGCAACAAAUAAAUCAUCGACCAAAAAGGCAAUUGCAGAUCUGCAGAGUAUGCAUAAAAAGGUUGACAAGCUCCGCGACAAGGUAAGCAUGUCCCAUGGAGAGCUCAACUUUGUGAUUGAAGCCUGGGAACAGGUAGUGGAGUGCAGGAGAGUUCUUACAUGGUCUUAUGCCUACGGAUAUUACCUUGACCCCGAAGGGAAGGCCAAGAAAGAGUUGUUCGAGUACCUGCAAGGCGAGGCCGAAGCUGGUUUAGAACGGCUGCACCAAUCAGCUGAGACGGAUCUGCAAGCUUACAUGGCUGAUAAUGUUGAUGAAAUUGUCGGUGAAGAUUUGAAGAAGUUCCUUGAUUUCCGUGAGAAACUCGCUAGGCUGACCAGUGUGACACGCAACUAUUUUGAGAAUCUUGUUGGGGCUCUGGAGAUUGGGUUGAAGGAAGUGGACAGCACCGUUUCAUCACAGUUAAACAAGAAAGAAGAGGAAAUCAUCGAGACUUCUGUAGACUAUGAUGAUGAGUAAUGGAGCUGUAGCAGCCGCACUCGUUCCAAUUCUGGGCAAUUUGAUGAGCGCCAGGCGGGCUGAUAGCGUACAACUAACGCACUACAGUGUUUUAGGUGGGAGACACCGGCCCGCGGCCUGGGACAUGUUCGAUAUCUUCUUUGGUUUAUAUUCAUCGUACUUGAUCAGUAGCGUCUGUGUUAGCUACAACGUUCGCUGCAAUUUUAUUUUCUUUUACCUUUUUCUUCCCCCACUCCUUUUAAAUUGUAAGCGGUAGCCAAUCUAUACAUACACCUCUCAGCUUUACUGAAACCACCUUCCAGGUUAUGUUUUCCCACUCUUGUUGUCUGGACGUUAAGAGUUUUGUCCCGCUGCAGGUUGAAAUUUGGAUAAAAGUAUGUAUCACUCAUCGAUAAUAUCUCAGCCAUUUGCGUCAAACUAGGUGUUUCUGCAAUUUGCCAUCUCUAUCUUAUAGACAUCAUAUUUGGUUGACAUUGUCAAACCCAUGAUAGUUGAAGUUAUGAAAGACAAGCAAGCGACUCACUCAUAUUUGAAAUUUUUUAAUGUUCAAAGAGUCUAUUUGCAACUGAAAUGAUCUAUUCCUUCCAUCCCCUUUCCCUCUCUCGCUUUCUCCUCAUCCCUCUCUCUUUCUUCCUCUCUCUUUUCAGUUUCUCCUCCCCUCUUGCGCAUCAUCAACUCUCUCUUUCCCCUUAUUCAAACACCAUCUUCCUUUGCUGUGUCGACACCCAAACCCAGAUUGCAAACUCCUCCCUCUUAUGCUUAGAAGGUUCUUCUCCACGAAUGCCCGCUGAGAUCUCUACAGGGUAGCAAACUGUUAUUUGGGCUGAUGAGAUCAUGAGGCGAUUUUUGGAGGAAAAAGAUGGAAAACGGUGAAUCUCAUAUGAACGUUGAGCCCGUUUAAAGUGG